UCCAGCUUACCACUUCUUAACAUUCAGCACACGUUGGUCAUCUUCAGUAGGCCUUAAGCAUCUCCGCGAAGAAGCGAACCGUCCGAGUCGCAAGUCGCGCGCUUUGCGAACUCGUCGUGCUGAUCUCCGCGCGCGCGCGCUCGUUCACCUCUCAAAGUGAAAGAUUACGGCGUGAUGUGAACGUGUGAGACUGUGUGCGUGUAUGUACUGCACUUGGAAAUCCGCAAGGUGAAAACUCAUUUGCUUAACCCACGCGAAAAACAAGCCAGAAAUGAGGCCGUGCAGAACGAAAUUCAAAUACCGUUUAUUUGGCUGCGGCUGCUAAAAUCUUUGCGACGCUUACACCGUUGAAUAAAUGCCUUCAAUUUUUUGCAAAUGUAGGUUUACGACGCUCGUAAACACGACGCACAGCAAAGCACAUAAACAAUCAGCAACGGAGACGAGGAGUUAAAUUAGAAAAGCGUCGCACGGUUUGCCGUGGGUAUGUGCGGUAAAUUAAUCGCGCCGAUUAAACUGUUAGUGAUGAAUUAAUAAAUAAUCAAUAUGUAAAACGCGCGAUCAUUAUGUAAGCAAAUCUAACACACCAAAUCAAUUGCCAACCAACCAAAAGACACAUUUAAAUGUAACACGCUCGAACUGUACUUUUAAUCAAUAUUGUGAUCGUCAACGUCGUACCUGAAUUGUGCAAUAUAUCUACUUAAGAAGAAAAAGAAAAAGAAAAAAAAAACGAAAAACGAGAUUCUAGGCUAAAAUUUAUAAUUUUAAAUAUUAUGUUCCUGCCUCUGAAGGAGUACAUCCAAAUGACAAAUGAAGCAUCGUCUGAUGGUUACCUAUCGCCACGAGAAUCAUCCCCAGCGAGUACUUACACUUCGGAAUCCGGCAUGUCAUCACAGCUCUACAUGCCUAACUGCUAUAAUAAAUCCACCGAUGAUUACUGGAGCCAGCGCCCGCAACACUACGGCGAAAACAAUAAUCUCUAUAAUUAUAACAAUAACAACAAUAAUUAUAACGAUAACAAUACGAAAUACAAAGCUCAAUCAAGUUCAAACAUGAACUACCACCAGCAGGACUAUUACAAGUCAUCCUAUGACACCGCCGGUUCCAAGUACAAGAAGGACGUGAAGAAGUGUGUGAGUGUGGCGGCGCCGCAACCGGAUGUGGUGAAGAAGCGGCGGUUGGCCGCCAACGCCAGGGAACGCCGACGGAUGAAUAGUUUGAAUGAUGCAUUCGAUCGCCUGCGGGAUGUUGUGCCGUCGCUGGGCAACGAUCGCAAGUUGUCCAAGUUCGAGACGCUGCAAAUGGCGCAGACGUACAUUUCGGCGCUGCACGAAUUGCUGGAGCGCGAUUGAGACUUUCACGCGCGCCCGCCGUACAUGGAAACGUGAUGAUGAGAUGAUGACCGGCCAAGGAAAUUUCGUAAGUGUGCCAAUUGGGCAGAGUCGCCGCGCCGCGCGCGCGACACAGAAAUAUGGUUAACGUUCACCUCGAAAAAAUCAUCGACUUGACUUUAUUCCGGUGCAUGCAUUCAUUUUUUAAUGCAGAAAGAGAAAGAGUAAGAGAGCUUUUGCGAUGUGAGGACGUUGUGAAGCUUUGUUCGUUAGGAAAAAAUGUGAUUUCUCUUUGGAGAUGCAAUCAAUCUUAUGUGCAAUAUUUUCUGUUCGUUAUGUUAUAUAGUUUAAGGCAAUUUUUAGUUGGGAUAAGUGCAAUAGUUAAUUUUAAAUGACGUUAGUUUCUAAAACGUUUACUUAAGUUUUUUUAGAGAAAAUGAAUCAGAAUAAUAAAUAUCUAAGUUUAAUUGUAAAUAACUCUCUGUGCAAUAAUUAGAUUUACAAAAUUUUCAUAUUAUGAGAUUAAAAAGUUAAUUCAAAAUCUAAUCAUGAAGGAAAAUUGCUUUUUGCAUUAACCGUUUUUGAGUAAUUAAUUAAAAACUGGGACAUGUAAGGGCGCCGCGAGUAUUUCGAUGGACAUUCACUUUAAUUAAAUUUUAAAUGAAACACAUCAAAUUUACUUUGGAUUCAUGAGUUUGUCAUAGUUUUACUGUUAUAAAAGUCAUUAAUUAAAACUAUGAAAGUAAACAUAGUAGGUAAAUGAAAAUUGUAGAAAAUGUAAUAUUCAAAUGAUUGUUGUCGGUCAUAUCAAUUAAUAUCAUCACUCUGUUUCCUAUCAAACAACAUGACUGACUUACGAGUAUGCGAAUGCUUAAAUGUAAAAUAGCCGCUCAUAAUUUAAAUUUAAAUUUACGAUAUUACUUACGGUAAUCCGGCCUGUGCGUGUGCUCCAACUAUAAAAGUAUUCAUAUUAGGAGUAUUUAUUGACCAUUUCCAAUGAACCAAUAAAUCAUCGAAACGAAGAUAGAAAAUGUAGUCAUCUAGUCUUUUAUGGCUUUUUAUUUUGUUUACGAUGAAAUGCGAAGAACGUAUGUGCAAUAUUUUAAGACGCGAUUAAGUCGUAAUGUGCUGAUUAGUAUCAUAAACUUUUCGACUCUGUGCAAUAUUUACAAGAAUUAAUUUACAAUGUUUAAUUUAAUUAGGAUGUAAAAGGCAAUUAUGCAUGACUGAAAUCACUUCGAGUGCGCGUCCGCACGACGAUUUCUUAAUUAAAACUAGUUUUAGUUUUUGAUCUACACCACGAUACACAUUCCGUGUCGAUGAGCGUAAAAUCGAUUAAUGUAAUUUGUAUUCAUUUCUCGGCCACAUUCAACUCGAAUUAUAAAGAAAAUAACAGUUGACUCAUGUAUUAACAUUAAUCAUUCGAUAAUAUGGACAGCAUGAUUGAGACUUAAAACUGUAUUAGAAUCAGUUUUUUCUGUAUUAUUUUUUGAGUUAUAGACAAAUGACUAGCAAACGAAUUGAUAUUAAGAGUUUUGACGAUGAUCAACAUUGAAAACUGUUUGAAAUCGUCGGUAGCUCGGUGUAUCUAUGCAUAAUAUAAUUAGUAGGUGCUAGAGAAACUCAGUUAAUUACAAGUAGUAAUCAUCGUCAUUAAAUGUAAUUAAAACGCACAAUAAAUGUCAAUUUAUUAAUAUGUAUACGAAUCCGACAAGUUUGUUGCGCUAUGUAUGAACAUUAGCGGUUUCUCCGGUUAAACAAAAUUAGUAUUAAUUUAAUACCAAAUUUGUUACGAAUAAAACUAUUAAUGUUUGCAAAACAAUUUGUUUCUUGAUUGAAUAAUUACCAACUUUGGAGUUGGAGAAAUAAUGCAGAGGAAAGCCGAUAGUAAAAUUAAUGAAUUGCAAAAAACAUGCGGCGAUAUUGAAUUUAAAUAUGUUUAAUAUUUAUUGCGAAAACAAAUUAGUGAAUAGAUAUGUUUGGAGUUUCAUAUUCACUUCUUAUUGUUUAGUAAAGAUGAAACUUGAAUUUAGCCACCGCAAGUCAACAAUUAAAUAAUUUAUUAAAUGAUUAGUUUUGUGUUCCUUUGUGUAUAAUUUGUAAUUAAAUAUUAUUGUCUUCUUACUCUAUUAUGACGCGAGAAUAAUUGUGACAAGCAAUUAGUUACUAAUUAAGUACUUCUUCAUUCUUAUUACACACAAAAACAGAAUCCCCAUUGCUUUUAACUUUAUAUGCGAUAGUAUAUUACUCGACAACUUUUUCUAAUUUAAUUUUUGCGUAUUAUUUAAAGUUUAUUAUAAAAAACAAAAAUUAUUGUAAAAAUACUUUCGGCAUAAUAAAUUAAUAACUAAAUCGCAUCUUUUAACGCGUCACGCAAGUACUAAAUAUAAUAACUUUUGUAUGAUUAAGUUAACAAUUUUAAUUGAUUGUAAUAUUUAUUUAUAUUAAUAUAAGUUUAAUAUUUAUGAUAUAAUUAUCUAAUACUUAAUUAUUAUAUUCUCUGAUAGUUAUUGUAAUAGUUGUUUCUUACAUUCUGUUAUUCUUGUUAUUGUUUUAUACUUAUGUAUCUCAUGAAUGUGCAAUAUUUUUAUUAUGUUAGUUGAAAUAUAUAUUUAUUAUAAAAACAUA